CUCAGCUACCUAAGGACUGGCUCCGGGGCUCCCUGCCGGGGGCGCGCGAUCGCGGUAGCUGGGCCGGUGGCCGCGCUGGCUUUGUGCUCCGCGGACGGCUUGGAGCGCGGAGUCGGAGGGAAGCGGUGUACGAAUGAGUCCCCCGGCGUCUGCACGGCUGCACCGGCCCUAACUCCCCGUCCCCGUCCGCCGCCCCUGUCCCCGGCUAAUCCAUCAUUCUGGAGCCAGAAACAUCAUUUCUCACGUUCUCCCAGAGAAACCCUAGUGGCUGGGCGGAACUCCGGCUCCGCGCUGCGCCCCCUCCAGUCCCUGCUGUCGCCGAGCUGCGGGUCAGGAUCGCUGCCGUUUUGCCCUUGGGAGUAGGAUGUGGUGAAAGGAUGGGGCUUCUCCCUUCCGGGACUCACAAUGGCCAGAGAAGAUUCCGUGAAGUGUCUGCGCUGCCUGCUCUAUGCCCUCAAUCUGCUGUUUUGGUUAAUGUCCAUCUGUGUGUUGGCUGUUUCUGCUUGGAUGAGGGACUACCUAAAUAAUGUUCUGACUUUAACUGCAGAAACAAGGGUAGAGGAAGCAGUCAUUUUGACUUACUUUCCUGUGGUUCAUCCGGUCAUGAUUGCUGUUUGCUGUUUCCUUAUCAUUGUGGGGAUGUUAGGAUAUUGUGGAACAGUGAAAAGAAAUCUGUUGCUUCUUGCAUGGUACUUUGGAAGUUUGCUUGUCAUUUUCUGUGUAGAACUGGCUUGUGGCGUUUGGACAUAUGAACAAGAACUAAUGGUUCCAGUACAAUGGUCAGAUAUGGUCACUUUGAAAGCCAGGAUGACAAAUUAUGGAUUACCUAGAUAUCGGUGGCUUACUCACGCCUGGAAUUUUUUUCAGAGAGAGUUUAAGUGCUGUGGAGUUGUGUAUUUCACUGACUGGUUAGAAAUGACAGAGAUGGACUGGCCCCCAGAUUCCUGCUGUGUUAGAGAAUUCCCAGGAUGUUCCAAACAGGCCCACCAGGAAGACCUCAGUGACCUUUAUCAAGAGGGUUGUGGGAAGAAAAUGUAUUCCUUUUUGAGAGGAACCAAACAACUGCAGGUGCUGAGGUUUCUGGGAAUCUCCAUUGGAGUGACACAAAUCCUGGCCAUGAUUCUCACCAUUACUCUGCUCUGGGCUCUGUACUAUGAUAGAAGGGAGCCUGGAACGGACCAAAUGAUGUCCUUGAAGAAUGACACCUCUCAGCACCUGUCAUGUCCCUCAGUAGAACUGUUGAAACCAAGCUUGUCUAGAAUCUUUGAACACACCUCCAUGGCAAACAGCUUUAAUACACGCUUUGAGAUGGAGGAGUUAUAAAAACAAAAUGUCACGGAAGAAAACCACAAACUUGUUUUAUUGGACUUGUGAAUUUUUGAGUGCAUACUAUCUGUUUCAGAAAUAUGUAGAAAUAAAAAUGUUGCCAUAAAAGAAUACCUAAGCAUAUAAUAUUCUGUGCUUUAAAAUGAAGAGGGAAGAGUUUCGUGUCGUAAGUCACCACCUGGACAAUAACUCUUUAAUGCUGAAGACAGAUCUAAUACCCACUGUGUAGCCUGUGUAUGACUUUAGCUAACACAGUUAUGUUUUGAGGCGGCAUGGUUUGAUUAGCAUUUCUGCAUCCAUGCAAACGAGUCACAUAUGGUGGGACUGGAGCUACAGUAUAUACUUCUACCAGCUAGUAUAUAAAGUACUAAUUAAGUGCUAACAUAGGAAGUUAGAAAAUACUAGUGGCUUUCAUUACUCAGCAAGCUAUUCUUUUGAUGCUAGAUAAAUUAUGUCAGAAAAGUUUCAAGAUUGGUGACUACCUAAAUAUGGUUUUUGCUGGUUAGUAAAAUAUUCUUACCAAUUAAAAGAGCAAACUAACGCAUUGUCUUAAGGUGAUCAGGGAUCUAGUUGUAUAUAAGUAUGCGUUAAGUCUGUAUAAUUCAGUAGAUUUCAGUUCCGAUAAUGUUAAGAAUAACCAUUAUGAAAAGAAAAAUUUGUCCUGUAUAGCAUCAUUAUUUUUUGCCUUUCCUGUUAAUAGAGCUUUAAUAUUCUGUCCUGGGCUUAUAUUACAUAUAUAACUGUUAAUUUAAAUACUUAACCACUAAUUUUGAAAAUUACCAGUGUGAUACAUAGGAAUCAUUCAGAAUGUAGUGUGGUUUUUAGGAAGUAUUGACAAGAAAAUUUGCACAUAACUUGGUUGAUUCAGAAAGGACUUGUAUGCUGUUUUUCUCCCAAAUGAAGACUCUUUUUGACACUAAACACUUUUUUAAAAAGCUUAUCUUUGCCUUCUCCAAACAAGAAGCAAUAGUCUCUAAGUCAAUAUAGUUAUACAGAGAAUAGUUUUCUUUUUCUCCAGAAAAUGCUUAUGAGAAUCAUUAAAACCUGUUACAAUUUAUCUAAAGAUUCUUUGUUUUAUUUCACUGAUUAAAAUACUUUGGUGAAAUUACACAGAUUAUUAAAUUUUUUACAAGAGUAUAGUAUAUUUAUUUGAAAUGGGAAAAGUGCAUUUUACUGUAUUUCGUGUAUUUUAUUUCUCAGAAUAUGGAAAAAAUUAAAAUGUGUCAAUAAAUAUUUUCUAGAGAGUAA